GUUCUGCAAGAUGGCGGACGAAGGUGUAGCGCAAAAAGUGUGUGAAACACCAGCCUGUAACAAGCCAGCCAGUCUACAAUGCCCUUCUUGCAUCAAGUUAAAUAUCGAGGGAAGCUUCUUUUGUUCACAGGACUGUUUCAAAGGUUACUGGAAUGAGCACAAAAAACUUCACAAAGCUGCCAAAGCUGCAGGUGAAAUGAAUGUUAAAACCAGCAAUAGUUAUAAUCCUUGGCCAGACUAUAGAUUUACAGGCAAGAUACGACCAUGGCCACAGACACCAAUGAAAACGGUUCCACCACACAUUGAAAGACCAGACUAUGCUGAUACUGGAAAUCCAAUCUCUGAGAUGAAAUCAAAGCAGAGUACUCAAAUCCAAGUUCUUUCUAAAGAUGAAAUAGAAGGCAUGAGACUAGUUUGCAAAUUAGCAAGAGAAGUGCUAGAUGAAGGUGCAAAAGCAAUUAAAAUUGGAGCAACAGGAGAUGAAAUAGACAGAAUUGUACAUGAGGCUAGUGUAGAGAGAAAUUGUUACCCAUCUCCACUAAACUAUCACAACUUCCCAAAGUCUUGCUGCACGUCAGUUAAUGAAGUUAUCUGCCAUGGAAUACCAGACAAGAGACCUCUAGAGGAUGGUGACAUAGUUAAUUUGGACAUCACGGUGUAUCAUGGUGGUUUCCAUGGUGAUUUAAAUGAGACCUUCUUUGUGGGCAAUGUAGACAGCAACUCCAAGAAGCUAGUUAAUGUAACACAUGAAUGUCUUAUGCAGGCCAUAGACAUAGUGAAGCCUGGUGUACGAUACAGAGAGAUUGGAAAUGUAAUACAGAAGCAUGCCCAAGCUCAUGGAUUUUCUGUUGUUAGAAGCUACUGCGGUCAUGGAAUAAAUCAGUUAUUUCACACAGCACCAAGUGUUCCUCACUAUUCCAAAAACAAAGCUGUUGGAGUCAUGAAACCAGGACAUACAUUUACUAUUGAGCCUAUGAUCUCUCAAGGCACCUGGAGAGAUGAGACGUGGCCAGACAGAUGGACAGCUGUCACUCAAGAUGGUAAACGAUCAGCACAGUUUGAACAUACUUUGUUGGUUACAGAAACAGGUUGUGAUAUCUUAACUGCACGUCUAGAAGAAAAUGGAGCCCCACAUUUCAAGUCACAAAUGUAAAGUCCGAGAAUUUAACUAGACAAUACAGUAUUGUGGUAUGGCCCUGUCUUGAAUUGCUGUUGUAGUAUACGAAGUUUUAAUGCAAAAGGAACCAUCAUUUCCCAAAUAAUUUGUUUCCUCAACUUCACACGGUGAAAAAACAUUCAAGUUUGAUAAGCAAAAUUGGGGGUCACCAUUUUUUAUAUUUUUGGUACAUUAACAACUUAUCUAAUUCUUUAUAAAUUGCUCAAAAAAAAUGGGUCACCAAUGUUUUUCUUUAAGAUUUAGCCGAUCAUUUUUUUAAUGAGUGUAAGAGCUUGAUCUUGGAAAAAACCAUGUGCCCAGAACAGAUGUGCACAAACAAUAGUUGAACAUCCUAAAACAGUGCUUCUGUAAGAAAUAUCAAAAUCAAUUGCAACUCAAAAACAACUUUGGCAUUCAAAGUUAGGAAACUUAAUUUUUAUCAUGGAAUACAGGUAGAGCUAUUUAGCUUGUGCAUGAUGUUCUUUCCAUUUCAGAACAUUUGUCAUUCUCAGGUACUUAUGUAUGUGUCUCACAACCAUUAAACAGAGACAUGAUACUCAAGGGAAUGACACAUGUUCUGAAAUGAAUGGGAAAACAUUAAGACUGGUCUACUUCUUUAGGUCAUUAUAUUAUGCUCAAUAACACAAUAUUGGACUAAUUGAUCCUAUACUUAGUUUUUAUAUUAUGAUUAUGGAAACAAACUACUCUAGCUAUAGUAUAGUAGUUAUGAAAUAUGCGUUCAGUGUGAGUAAUGAAAUAGAGAAUAAGAGAAAAAUAUCAAAUGAUGUUUUUUCUCUUAUUCUCUAUUGUAGCUAUAGUGAGAUUGUAAGAUUACAUCAAAUAAGACUCAACAUCAUUGUUCUGAAAAUCUUCUAUUUUAUUCCAAUUUAUUUCAUUUUCUUUAGCAAUCAAUUUAUUAAUUAACUACAGUAUAGUAUAGACAAUGAUCAACAUGACUAGGGUUUAACCAGUUUCUUGGAGAGCUUGAUAUGUAAGACGGAACACACCUGUGAGAAAGAAAACAGCGUUUAAAAAUGUGUCAUUAAAGGCUGAUAUUUGCUAGUUGAGGAGGAAAGCGAUUGAUGGUCUGUGUUCCUAUGGGGACGAUGGGCUUAAGUAAGUAACGACUGAUAAUAUGACAAGAUGAAUUAUUCUGCUUAGCAUUUGUAGUUUUUUAAAACUUGAUAAUCAAUAAAAAAAAUUCAAGUAAAAAAAAAUUUAUAACUAAGAAAAGCAUAUACAGGUGUCAAAAAUUAUUCUACACAUAGUGAAAUGACAGUCAACUUUGUACCGGAGGUAGCCAAAGCUCUGUUUGUGGUAGCCUUCAAAUAACCAAGAAUACCUGUUAUUUUCAUUCCAUUAUCAAAUUGGAAUUUAGAAAUUGAUUUUUAUGGAGGGAGGGAAAAAUGGCUGUUGAGCAUGCCCUGAGACCAAAACCCCUCAUGUGUAAGUGACCUUAAAGAGUAUAAUUAUCAAGGAAAAAUGUGGUCUUCUCUUUUCAGAGAUAUAAACAUUAAAUUUGAAAUAUCAAUAACUUUGCAAAUGAGAUGACGUAAAUUCCAUUGUUACGUUUCGCAGUGUAAAUUAUGACAAGUGUUCUGAAGUGAAAUAACCUAAGUAAACUACUUAAAAGUAGUUUGAAAAUCAUCCUUAUAACUGAAAUAUAUAGUUUUAAAUACUUUUAGGUUCAGAACACUAAACUAAAUUAAACUGCAAAACGUAACAUUCUUGAAUUUAUGUCAUCUCAUUUGCAUAUUGAUAUUUCAAAUGUUUAUAUCUUUGAAAAGAGAAAACCACAUACAAAGAUACUGCAACCAUGCUACUACACUGUUCACAUAUAAGUGAUUUUGAAAAUAAGAAUUUUCCCUUGAUAUACAUUUUAAAUGGAUAUUGUUGAAUCCUAAACGUGAUGGUGCUAGAUCACAGUGUGCUAGUGUACCGACAAGUAUGAUCAAAAUGGGAGAUAAUAAUAAUAGUGUUGAUACUCACACUCCUUCAUCCUUACAUGUGGACAAUUGAACGAAUACUAAAAAUAAAUUAAAAUAAAAUAGUUACAUGUAUUGUGUGUAAUAGAGAUUAAGCUAGCAACUGUAGAUCCUAUUUAUCAGAUUUCAUGAGAUUUAGGACCUUUGAAUUGGUUGGUCAAUGUACUUUGAUGUCUGGGAACCGGCUAUAUAUAAAAGGUUAGGUAAUGUAUGAAUGCUUACUGUGAUAUUUCUCAAUAAAAUUACGAGUUGUCUGUUAAAA